AUGGGUGUCCACGAUGAAGAUGGUGAAAGGCAGUUGAGCGAACCGCCCGCGACUCGCGAGGAAUUGACCAGCCUUCUCACCAAAGCCUUCACAGCGCUUGCAAAGGGCGCCGGAAAUCCAUUGGGCAUCGUCGCUUUGAGGAUGCACGCUGAGGGACGUCCCAAACAUCAAAUUCAGAUCAAGAGCGAACUCGAGGAGCGCUCCACUAUGAGAAGCACCUGGCAGUGCACCAACGACACAUUCUUCGUCACAAUGCAAUCACUGGCUGCUGCUAAGCUUCAAAUUCAAUCUCUCAAUCUGUUCAACGAUACAGACAUGAAGCUCUUCGCCUUGGCUAGCGAUCAACUCAACCUAAUUGACUGGGAUAGCCCUGAUAUCGCGCAUGUACUGGCGACCGUGACAUCUCUCAACACCAACAUCUCAACACGGGUGUUUGCCUUCAAAGACCGUGGGGAGGAUUGGGAAGAGAUCCGCGCUGAAGCUGAAAACGAAAGCAAUUUUACUGGCCUUGCGAGACUUGUCCAGAAAUGUCCUCGACUUCAAGACUUCGCUUACCAAUUCCUCGGCAUCCCUCUCCCCGGACUUCCAGAUCUGAAAGGCUUCCAAUUUCCCAACUGGAAGAUCCUGGAAUACGUCUCAGAACUCCCCAGCCUCCCUAAACUCAAUCGAUUGACAUUACGGUUCCAACACACCAAGGAGUCGAUCGUUCUCAACCUUCUCAAGCGAACUCGGCCUGGAGGACUGUUCAUAGGACCUAUGUGGCUAGACCCCGGAAAGUUCAAGCCUAUCUUCGAAUUCUGCAGCAGCCCAGAGUCCAACAUGCAAAAGCUCGAGGUUAGAGCUCCUCUUUACCAGAUGGGUCCAGAGGAGCGUGGCCAAAUUCACUUCCAGCGUCAGCCGUACAAUGAAGAUGCCGAGUGCUGUGCGCACUUGAGAAGAGAGGGUGAAGGUGUCAGGCGUCCUAUUCACUUUCAUUCAGAUCCGCAGACGUUUAUCGAGGUCGGAACAUCGUUUUGUAAUUUGUUGCUGAACAAUUCUGGGGCUUUUGAUGACAGUCAGGCUCAUACAUUCUAG